AUUAGAUUGACGGCAUACGCAGCUGGCCCGCUCAGCGCGCGUGUGGAAUCUGCAAGCGAAGCGUGACAGAGAGCAGGUGGAAGCAAGCUCAAAAUGGUGAUGGUGGUUCUUCUCAAGCCGACAGUUUCUGAGGGGAGCGCAGGAUCUCGUUGUGUACGUGAAGGUCAGGGUCUGUUUUUGGAGGCAUGUACCUAUGACCAAUGGGGCAAUGCAGUCUUUUUCUUUGCAGGCGGACUCAGUCAAUGCGAGCAGCUGGACUGGAAGUCUGGAAGUUAUAUUGAGAUGUGAUGCGUUUACUUGCAAGCUGCAGAGACCUUGAGGGGUGGAAGAAGCCCAAUGUUGGUAGACGAGGUUCCAUUGAGCACUUCAUCGAUCUUUGGAACAGCUUGCUCAGAGCGUCUGUUUUACAGCGGGCACCUGCCCUUUCUCCUUCUUGAGUCUUGACUGUAGAGUCCCUGAUAUAUUCUACUCAACAGGCCUGUUCAACACCCUCGCUUAGCAUGUCUGCUGAAAAAAACAAAUGAAGGACGCUUGUUCUCUGUUUGACAAUCUCUAGAAAGCCCCACCAUCAUUCAAAGGCAGGUUGAAGGCAUACAUUGAAAGAGCACGGAGUUGAAGGAUUGCAUUCGCUGAAUAGCAGGCUGCCGCAGAAACGAGAUGAAAGCUUGUUAGGCCCCUCAACGUCGCUUGUACUGGAAGACUCACAUCACCGAAGUCAUGGCUCAGCCUACUGGCAAAGCACAGAUUGGCGCCGGGGCCCUUGGGACCAGCACUCUUCAGGCGGCCCUGCAGAAGCAGCGGAAUCUGCAGCAGCGGGUGGACUCCGACUUGAAUAGUCUGGUGGAGAACUUCAGCAACAUGGUGGCAGCGUGCAAAGUCCAGGAUCAGACACGGAACACACAGGAAGCUUUUCAGAUCGAUGUCCACGUUGCGAAGAUUACACAAGCUGCGGAGUCCCUGCUCGAUGUUGUGAGUGAGCUGAAGCAGAGUGCAAUUUUCAGUAACUUUGAAGCACGUAAUGAUCAGGUGGCAGCGAAUAAUCUCAAGUACGAAGAGAAGGCUGCCUCUGACGCGAAAACAGUCGAAAGGCUUCGCAUAGUUAUUGAAGAAGCUCACACACUUUCGCAAAGUCGAAGACGUGAAAAUCAUGUGUUGAAUCGUGAGUUGCAAAUAGUAAGGGACGCUGGUUGACACUGACAAAAGUAAAGCUGUCCUGUGCAGCAAAAUCGAUGCGUGCAAAUUCUAUGGUUUGUGGACAGCCUGCCAGCUAUUUGUUAACUCCACCAAGCGAGGGAAGAUUAAGUUGGCAACUAGUGCACUACACACCAUUCUAUGAAUCUUGA